GCGUCGCUCCCGAGUUCCCGCACGGAUCCUGCCUUGUUCCCAGUCGCGGCGCUUGUUCCGCACUCGGCGGCUCCCGCUCCCCGCCCGACUCUGCAGCAGCUCGGCUGGAUGGCGCCUCAGCGGAGGGGCCCACUCAGAACGGCCGAGGGCAGCGGGGCGACCGAGCGGCGACGCCCGAGCAGCACCAAGAAGGCCCGGGAGUUGAGGGACACACGGAGGGCAUGGCUGAAGACCCUGGGCCUUGGGGCCAGCAUCACACUUGCCUUGAUUCUGAUCUGGAUCAGCCUGGGGGCCGAUGAUGGUGUUGCUGAGGUACUGGCACGCAGAGGCGAGGUCCUGGAGGGCAAGUUCAUUGAAGUGCCCUGCUCUGAGGACUAUGAUGGCCACCGAAGAUUUGAAGGCUGCACGCCCAGAAAGUGUGGCCGCGGUGUCACUGAUGUUGUCAUCUCCAGGGAGGAAGCAGAACACAUUCGCAGAGUGGCGGAGAAGGGGCUCUCCCUGGGCGGAUCUGAUGGAGGGGCGUCCAUCCUGGACUUGCACUCAGGGGCCCUGUCCGUUGGGAAGCACUUUGUGAACCUGUACAGGUACUUUGGGGAUAAAAUACACACUGUCUUCUCUGAAGAGGACUUCCAAUUGUACCGGGAUGUGCGACGGAAGGUCCAGCUCGCAAUCGCAGAGGCGUUUGGCAUCAGCUCGUCCUUGCUGUACCUGACCAAGCCCACAUUCUUCUCGCGCAUAAACAGCACGGAGGCACAGACGGCCCAUGACGAGUACUGGCAUGCACACGUGGACAAGGUCGGGUUUCCUUCUUCACUUCGGGGUCCGAGAACCUGCACCGGGUGGAAAAGGUCCGCUGGGGCACCCGCUAUGCCAUCACCAUUGCCUUCACCUGUAACCCCGACCAUGGCAUUGAGGACCCGACUUUCACGUAGCCCAGGGGCCAAAUUCCUGCCCGCACCUGGCCCACCUCCCACGGGGAAGCAGCCACGUCGAGGCCUGGACAGUGCUGCCUGUGCCUGCCCCAUCUUCCUAGCUCCUGUUUCCAUCGAAGAGUGCCUUAUCUUACUUUGCUGGUGUUUCAAUCUUUUAUCUCUGAGUAAAUCAAGGGAGCCGCUUUCCACCUCACUGGCAUGUGCACUUGUUCUGGGAGCUGCUCACGAUGGGCACCGGCCCCUCCAUCCCCAAGGGAGCCAUCCUGGACCUGUGAAAAGACUCCUGACUGAGCAGAGAGCAAGGAAAUCCACCCUGGCGCAUCAGAGACAGGCCCAGUGGGCAGAUGGCAUGGGGACUGUGAGAACCCAGGAAUAAACGCAAGAGCAGAACUGACUGCUGUUUGGAGGACCUUCUGGAGAGCAGUGGCUUCCGGAGAGCAGGAUGGAGGUGGCAGUGCAGGCCUGUUACCUGCAGGCCUCUGCUUUUGCACCUGGGAAUUACCCUGGUGCCACCAAUUCAUUUUGCUGGGCCCUGCCUGUCACUCCCAGAGCCCCACCUGUCCAGGUCCCUACAUGUCCAGCCACUAAAGAGACUGCUGGUGUCCAUAUCCCCGGAUGCUUGGUGCAGCUCUGUCUGCUCAUUCCAUUUGUCCUGAUGUUGCCUUUGCCUUUCACAUUAAAGCAGCAGUCAGGA